CCUUGCAUCUUCUCGCGGCUGGCUUGCUGCUGCUCUCCCCCGCACACAGGAGCCUGCUGCUGGCCGCUGGACGAUGGCGUUAACGGGGCUUCUGCUGCUGCUGGAGCUGGGUCUGUACGCCAGCUGCUUCAUCUGCGGGAUUGUUGCCGCCGCCUCCGUCACCAUAGUCCAGGGUAAUUUCGGGGGUCGCUGUAUGCUGUAUGGACUCGUCAGCUACAAUGAGUCCACGAGCCAAAUUGGAGUGCAGUCAUCCAGCUCCUCGUCUCUGUGCUAUUUUGUGUCAGCCAUAUCAGUCUUGGUGGCGGUGGUGUGUUUCUCGCUGUCUCUGUACUGGCUGUACACUUUCUGCAUCGACGGGGAGAUCAAAAGGGAGCGCAUGUGGAUGAACGUGAUCAUAGUCGUGUGCGGCGUCUUCCUGUUCUUCCUGCUCAUCACAGGCUGCAUGUUGAAGAUCGGACGCGACACGCUCUGCAACUCCGUCGUUCAAACCGUUCACAACAUUACCAGCUGCGAGGACGCCCAGACCAAACAAUGGGUCAGUCCGCUUAAAGGAGGAAAGUUCUACAGCAAUCUAUACAAAGCAGAGACGGCAGUGUGGGUCAACUUCUUCUUCUGGCUCAUCAUCGGGGUGCUGGUGAUCUUUCAGAGGCGUCAAAGCUCCGGGGCGAAGGCGAUCGUAGGAGGGUAUGGUGGGCCGGCCGGAGGGCUCUUCGGCGAUCCGGGAGUGACAGCUGCAGAGACGGAGCCGUUUUUCAACCGUCCUGCAAGGCCACAGUGAGGAUAGGAUGAUGGGUGCCAAGGAUGACUUGCAAAAAUAUAUAGUAUUUACUACAACAUGUGGGAGUAAAUGUGGAAAAAGGGCUAGAUACAGUUGUCUUUGUAUUUCAGUGACUAUUGAC